AAGAAAAGCAGCAGCCUAAUUUUUACCCUAUAAAUUAGAUCUAAUUACCGUAUAUAUUACCAGCAAAAUACAUUUACCGCCUUUUUCUCGUGCCCCUACCAAAGAAGCCCUGAUUUUAGUUUGAAGGCUUUGAGCGAUCAAUACAAAAUUACAAACCAAUAUAAAACCGCAGCCUAUAAUGAUUCAGAGCUCGCCGGAGGUAAAGCCGCAUUUUUUGGAGCCGCCUGACGUCUCCGGACACAUACAAAGUCUCAGCGCUAGAGAAUGGUUGAGACCAGCCUGAUGCCAAAGUAAAAAAGAAGAAGAAAUACUGCAUUCCCAUUUCAUUAAUUUGAUCAGACACAUUAUUGAUUCAACUCUUUGAGCACAACUUGCUACUUUCAGGCUUCUAUUAUUGAACUUCCCCCUUUUUAUUGAUCAGUGGAGAAGGCUAGCAUCUCGAAAUCAGCGUCCCUAUUAUUUAGGGAAAUACUCCGCCUUGUAGAUUGGCCAGGAGCAUCUGAGAAAGAACCGAACCAGGAGGCAUUAAAAUGCUGACAGAUAUUACUCUAUCAUUCGUAUAGUCUGAAGAAGUUAUCAUUUUAGCUUACUACUCCUCUGUCCCAUUUUUACUUUCUUUUUUGAUUUGUUCCAAAUGAAUGUCAUGUUUCUUCUUUUGGCAAGAAAUACGCGAUCUUUGUAAUUUUGCUUUAUUUUACUCAAAUCUCACACAAUUUUAACUUUGAACCACUUCACUAGUAAUCAUAUAAAACUAAAAUAGAACAUCUGAUAUGGGACGGGUAGUACCAGUAGUAUUUAUACUCCAUACUGAUAAAUUAUGUCAUACUUAAAAUACUUCAUAAAUUUGAUUGAUUGAUUUAUUGUUUUAUUUUUAAAGGGCAGACAUGACCAUUUAAAGUUUUACCUGGUGGCUGAAUUUGUUCCUUUGUCAACUAAGAAACUUAUAUCAUAGGCUUUUCUUGCUCGUAUGUCGAAUCAUUCAGCUGUAGCUCUCACCAAUGGAAAAUAUGAACGGGGAAGCAAUGUAUAUCAUCUUGAAAGCCAAUGGUUCACCAGUUUUUCUGAUGCAUAUGAGCUGCUAAAACUCAUGGAAGAAAGCAAGUAGGUACAAGGUCAUAUUGACAAGAUAAGAUGGCAGUUGAGCUUGAUUUAUGUACACAAUCAGCCAUUAAAAUAUGCAGCCGAGAUUUGAAAUGUGCAUUGCAAUAUGGAUACUGCUUAGCUGCUAUAUUUAGAUCCCUGGUAUUUGGAAAGCUAGUCAGUGUUGAUUGUUUGGGACUUUGGGAGAGACCCUUAUUGCUUUGGAACCUGGAAUAUUGCUUCUUUGAGGUUCAGAUCUAUUAUCUGAAGCUUUAUGUUAUGCGAGCCUUUCUGAAAUUCCAACUUCUUCUGAGCCUUUGAACAUCCAGAUGCAUGAGUUUCUUGACAUCAAGCCCUACUCUGUAUUACCUGGGAGUGUGAUGUUUUGCAAACAAGGAUCAUAUUGUAAAUGUAUCAGGUAACUCUUAAUUUUACUCCUCACAUGAGAAAUUAUCAUCUGCAUGACUACAUGUAAUAUUGUGAGUUUCAGAAUAUUAAAAUUGAAGAUUUAAGUCCACUGAAACUGAAAUGUGUGAUAAUCACUUCAUGAAAAAGAAAGGUGUAUGGACGAGGAAGAGACAAAAUGUUGGAAUCUGAAAGGUAUUAUGUUGGAGAUUGGAAGCCAAUCCUUUCCAGCUAUGAAAGCUAAAUUGCGUACUGUAGGAAGGAAGUGCCAUUUAUUGCAUUAAAUGGAGAUCUAUAUGCUGUAUUUGUUUUUAUAUUUACAAAUUAAUUAAUGUUAGGAACAUCUACAUUUAGGUAAUAAAAACCAGCUCCUAUCCAUAUAGGCAACCUGCCUUGGAAAAGUCAUAGUUUGGCUAUAAGGAAUUUGAGUUUUUGCCACUUUCAGUCCCUCGACUAUUGUGUUAGUUACACUUUUGGUACUCGACUUUCAAUUUUUUCAUUUUAUGUCCUUUGACUAUUAUGCGAGAGACACUUUCAGUCCUCGACUUCAAAUUUUCCCACAUUUAGUCCCCUGAGUAUUAUCAAAUUGACACUUUUAGUCCAUCCAUUAUGAUUUUGUCACUACAAAUGUAGGACUAAAAAUGUCACUAUUUUAAUAGUUAAAUAACCAAAAUUGUCACUUUUAUAAAAGUCGGAGGACCAAACGUGGAAAUUUCAAAGACAGGCAUCAAAAAUGUCUUUCGCACAAUAGUCGAAGGAUUAAAAGUGGAAUAAAUCAAAACCGAGUACCAAAAAUGUCAGUGACAUAAUAGUCGGAGGACUCAAAGUGGCAAAAACUCUAGGAACUUUUACAAUGACCCAAUGAGUGGUAAAAUAUUCGGUGUGUAGAACAAUUGUUUGGCGUAGAAGUUAAUUACUAUGGGUUUCAAUCGAUCACAGAAAGUCAGAAACUGCUCGGGGAAAGAAAAAUGACUACAAAAAGUAGUGACUGCUAAGUAUUUUUUAUGUUUGGUUUUAACUAAAAAAAUACACAGGUAAAUGAAAUGCUUUGUAUGAUUAAUUUUUAUACUACGUAAUAUAUAUUUAUAUAUAUAUAAAUAUAAUAUAUAUAUAUAUAUAUAUAUAUGUAAAUAUAUAUCUAUAUUAAGUUAUAUAUAAUGAAAUAUAAAAAUUCCCCAAAUUGGAGUAAAAAAAUACUCUGUAUAAUAUUUUUUUUCUUCUCCAAAUAAGAUUCACUCACUCCAUAAAAGAAGUUUUAAUCAUUGUUAGUCAUUUAUUAGGACUAAAUAAAUUAUAUUUUGAGAAUAAAACAUAAUUUUUAUUAUUCAAAAAACUUUGUAUAUGCUUUAAUCCUGUUUUGAUAAAUUUUCUUUAAAAUAAAUUUGAACAAAAUCUAGAAUAAAUUUUAUUGUCCUUUAUUCUGUCCUUUAUUUUACCAAAUUUUCUUUCCAAUUCAUUUCCCUCUACUUUUAUGGGUACAUUAUUUGUGCUGUAAAUGGACCCUUUUGUUUGUUAGGUUUGGUGUGGGGGGGUGUGGUGGGUGGGUGGUCAAGACCUGGGAAUUUCCAGUUCAAAGCACAUAAAAUUUAGGAUCAAGAAAGAAGGGCCCCUUUGUUAUUUGGAGAGCCAACAUAGAAUUGCAAAUCCACUAUGGUGCUGCCCCCACAUUAUGGAGCCCAUCCUUCUCAGAUCUCCGCUCCUCUUUUCAUAAUAAGAUUUUUUAAGGCUUAAUUAUUCAUUCAUUUCAGAUUAUUUUUUUUGUAAACACCCUCUGUUCCUCCAUAAAUACCUCAGUGUUGGUCUUGUUAUUCUCAAAAUCCUUCUUUCAUUUCACUAACUUAUAUAUAUUAUACGAUAUUAAUAAAGCAAUAAUUGAGGAUGAAGAAAUUAGGAAAGCUACCACAAGCUGCAGUUCUGAAGCAGAUGAUUAAAAGGUGUUCCACUCAAUUCAGGCAGAGACAUGGGUAUGAUGAAGAGGGGCUUCCAGUGGACGUCCCAAAAGGCCAUUUUGCGGUAUACAUUGGUGAAAACAGGAGCAGAUACAUAGUACCCAUCUCAUUCUUGUCCCAUCCCCAGUUUCAACUCCUCCUCCAAUGCGCGGAGGAAGAGUUCGGUUUCCACCACGAAAUGGGUAUUACCAUUCCUUGUGAUGAGAUGUUUUUCCGUUCGCUGACAUCAAUGAUCAGGUAGACAACGAACGAAUUUCACCCACGAAGACUUUGUGCUCGGGGAGAAGACGGUUUAAGACGAAGCUCUGGUUGCGCUGCUGUGUUUGGCUUUGUCUUUUUUGAACGUCUUGAUUCACCUGACUACAUUAGUUUAGCUUUAUCAGUUUCUUUUUUUCCUUUUAAAGUUUAUUUUGGGGUCACUUACCUUUAAUUAACCUAGCCUUAUUCCUGACUGUUUGUGGCCGGGUUAAUAUGUAAAAAGUUUGAUGUUAUGUUUCCUCACGCUGGUGCAUUUCAUGCUAAUUACUCCGCGUGAGAGAAUUUGUUUAUAGAAGGGCAUAAGUGAACUCUGUCAUUUCCUUAAUUUUUGUGUUGAGGUACUCCCUCCGUCCCAUAUUUAUCUUCGUAGUUCGG